AAAAAAAGGGAAUAAUAGAUCGAUAUGGCUGCCUCUGACACAAUGCAAAUUUAAAAACGUAAAUAAAAACAAACCUUGUGACAAAAGCUCCUCCCAUAAUUAAAAAAUAAUUUGUUUCAAAAACUUGUGUUAUCUGGGCCUAUGAAUGCAUAAAAAAUAAUGCAGUGUCUACCACAAUGAGCGAGAACAAUCCCGGACGUGGUAACAUCAACGGUAACGGAUCCAGUUUCAAGCGACCCCGAUUGUUGUCGUUCCAAGGACCUUCGUCCGAAUCGGUCGCUCUGAAUCACGGUGGUCGCCCUCCGAUGGCAGCUGGGCCUUCGUCAAGUUCGCUGGAAGAAAUUAACGUGCGUCAGCCUGCGCUAGUGGAUAUGCGACCGGGAAUGGCAGCCGAUUUGGCUAGCUGGCAGGAGGCCCAGAUCACGGCUUGCAUAGAGGACAACACGAUCAACAUGGUUCUGGAGCAGUAUUUGAACUUUUUCGAAACGCGCCACUACGGCGUAGAUGUGCCCGGGGUGGUUCCUGAUCCGGUGGAUGAGGCCGAGAUGGAACAGGAACCGGAAGUGGAAUUGUUGGAAGAUCGUGCAAUAAUGGCCGCCAUCAGUGAACGGGGUCUGCAGCCCGCACAAUCCAGUGAUAUCGAAGAUGCGCUGGAGGAACAAGGAGAUGGUACCAGUAUGGCUGCCGCUGGGGUCGAGCGUAGGGUGAAUUCGGACCACCAGCAGGGUAUGGAUCUGCUGGAGACAGCUGUUGUGGUGGCGAUACAGGAAAAAGGGCUGGUAACCAGUGCUGGUGGCAACCAGCUCGGGCACAUGGACGAAGAAGAUGGGAGCUAGUGGAAUCGCUCGGAGAUGUAACUGCUGAUCAUAUUUUGUAAGUUUCACAAAACUAAUACAGAUGUAGGGUCCGCUUUUCAGGCGGACAGUCAUGAAUUACUGAUAUCGUUUGAGGAACUAACUUUGUGCGUAGGGACAUUUGUUUUGCGAACGAUUAACUUGCAUAUGAUAUCUAUAAUAUAAACACUUUAGAGAUAGGAAAAAUAAAUGUCGUACUGUAAUAAGA